AUGACUAUGCUACGAUCAGCGAACAGUCACGUACCAGCGUUUGGAGAGAAUGCAGCGUCGGUCAAUCUGAGACAGCUCCCUCCUGGACACGAUCUACACAAUCUACAGGCAGAAAGUGGCCUAGACUCGAACUCGUUCCGCGACUUCCAAGAAGUAACCAACCAAGCCUGCGUAUAUGGUGAAUGCACUUUGAGCUGCCUUCGAACAAACUUCAACAUGAAAUGCGGAAACAGUGUUGGAGCGAUGAUUUCGGAAGCGCUCAUCCGCCCAUUGGUAGAAGGUCAUCAAAAAUUCUCGCCUCUGUUCGUGGCGCUGGGCAUGAUAACACCGAAGAGCUGUUCAUUCCUAUACCAAGGUUCAAGACUGCUACAACAUCGUAUUGAUCCUAAGAUAAAUGAGGAGCUGCAUCGAAUUUUUGGCAAACCUGAUGAAAAGGACGAGUCAACCAAGACGACUAAUGUUCCUGCCCCCGAUGCGAUUAACGCCGACUCAGAUUUAGAAUAUCUCAAUGAAGCCGAUCCCGCAUCAGAUAUCGACGAGAGAAUGUGUUUCGCAUACCUGUUGUGA